AUGGCUGAUGGAGUAACCUCCGCUCCCUCCCCGGCUCCGCCGGAGGUUAAGAUUUCACCAGCAAAGCGUGGCCGUCCCGGUAAGACGGAAACGUCCUUGACUCCUGGCCCAGCUUCAAUCCCAGACAUCGCGCCUGCAAAGCAUUUCUUCCCCAUUAAAUUUUUGCUGGCAUCUGCUCCUCCUCAGCCUCUGGUGGUUCCAGCAAAACGUGGUCGCCCCAAGAAGGUGCCAAAUGUUGCAACUUCACUCACUUUCAAGCCAGAACCUCUGUCCAGUGCAAAUGAGGAGCGGAUCCGGGGCCAAUCCGAGGCCUACUGGAAAGAACAUUGA